UGACGAGCUGCCACAACUGCAGGAACCCGAGGGAUGUACCAGCUGCACGUCAAGGAUAACAAAGAUAACACAUCGAUGACUCAACAUGCCGACAGGAUCAGUAAAACUGCAAAGCAUUAAAAAGCUGGGACAGGAAAACCACAGCUAUGUGUUUUCUGAUGAAGAACCAGCGGGCUCCUACAUGAACACGGCAGCUUCCAAAGAGAAUGAUAACGCUCAGGGAAAUAAGCAGCUACCAGCCAUCAGAGUCGGCUUCUUCCAGCUGUUCCGCUUCGCCACCUGCAGAGACGUGGUGAUGAUGGUGGUCGGUGGCGUCUGCGCCGUUCUGCACGGCUCGGCCCAGCCCCUCAUGCUGCUGGUGUUCGGCCUGCUCACCGACACCUUCAUCGAGUACGACAUCGAGCUCAACGAGCUGAUGGACGACCGCAAGGAGUGUGUGAACAACACCAUCCAGUGGAAGAGGAACUACACUGCAGCGCACGACCCCACAGCGCCUCAGAACCAGUCGGGCUGGGACCUCAUCAAUUCAACAUUGGAGAUGCUCAAACCGCUGCCAAACAGGACGUGUGGGAUUCUCAACAUUGAAUAUGAAAUGACCCUGUUUGCCUUCUACUACACUGGAAUUGGAGCAGCUGUGUUCUUGCUGGGAUACUUUCAGAUCUCCCUGUGGGUGACAUCCGCUGCCAGGCAGGUUCAGCUCAUCAGGAAAAUGUACUUCAGCAAAGUGAUGAGGAUGGAGAUCGGCUGGUUCGACUGCACCUCUGUGGGGGAGCUCAACACUCGGCUGUCAGACGACAUCAACAAGAUCAAUGACGCCAUCGCGGACCAAGUUGCCAUCUUUGUGCAGCGCUUCACCACCUUCGUGUGUGGCUUCUGCGUUGGCUUCGUGAAAGGAUGGAAGCUGACACUUGUCAUCAUUGCAGCAAGUCCGCUGAUUGGUGUUGGAGCCGGUCUAAUGGCUUUGUUUGUGGCUCGGCUAACGGGGAUGGAGCUGCAGGCCUACGCCAAAGCUGGUGCUGUAGCCGAUGAGGUCCUCACCUCCAUCAGGACUGUGGCUGCUUUCGGUGGAGAAAAAAAAGAAGUUCAGAGGUACGACAGGAACCUGGUCUCGGCCCAGCGCUGGGGCAUCAGGAAGGGUCUUAUUAUGGGCUUUUUCACUGGAUAUAUCUGGAUGAUCAUCUUCCUGUGCUAUGGUCUGGCCUUCUGGUAUGGCUCCACUCUGGUGGUGGACACUGAGGAGUACACACCAGGAACUCUACUGCAGGUGUUCUUUGGUGUUCUGAUCGCAGCCAUGAAUUUGGGGCAGGCCUCCCCAUGUCUGGAGGCGUUUGCCGCAGGCCGUGGAGCUGCUACCAUCAUCUUUGAGACCAUUGACAGAGAGCCGGAGAUCGACUGUUUCUCUGAGGCUGGAUAUAAGCUCGACAAGGUCAAAGGAGACAUCGAGUUUCACAAUGUGACCUUCCACUACCCCUCCAGACCUGAAGUGAAGAUCCUGGACCAGCUGAGUGUUGCAGUGAAGACGGGGGAGACCACGGCCUUCGUGGGGCCGAGUGGAGCUGGGAAGAGCACCGCCAUUCAGCUCAUCCAGCGCUUCUAUGACCCUAAAGAGGGCAUGGUGACUCUGGAUGGUCAUGACAUCAGAGGGCUCAACAUCCAAUGGCUGCGCUCUCUGAUCGGCAUCGUGGAGCAGGAGCCCGUGCUGUUUGCCACCACCAUCGCUGAGAACAUCCGCUACGGCAGACCUGGGGUCACCAUGGAGGACAUCGUCAAGGCUGCAAAGGAGGCCAACGCCUUCAACUUCAUCAUGGACCUGCCACAGAAAUUCGACACCCUGGUGGGAGAAGGUGGAGGCCAGAUGAGCGGCGGGCAGAAGCAGAGGAUCGCCAUUGCUCGAGCGUUGGUCAGGAACCCUCGGAUUCUGCUGCUGGACAUGGCGACUUCUGCUCUCGACAAUGAGAGCGAAGCCAUAGUCCAAGAAGCUCUGGAUAAAGUACGUUUGGGCCGCACCACCAUCUCCAUCGCUCAUCGACUGUCCACCAUAAAGAACGCCGAUGUUAUCGUGGGCUUCGAGCACGGCCAGGCGGUAGAGAGGGGCAAACACAACGAGCUGCUGGAGAGGAAGGGCGUCUACUUCACUCUGGUCACUCUGCAGAGCCAAGGAGACAAAGCUCUGAACGAGAAGGCUCGGCAAAUGGCCGAAACUCAUGAAGAACCAGAGAGACUGAAUCUGUCCAGAGCAGGAAGCUACCGAGCCAGUUUAAGAGCCUCCAUCCGCCAGCGGUCCAGAUCCCAGCUGUCCAACCUGGUUCCAGAAUCGUCGGUUCCCAUCACUGGAGAACUCGGCCCCAGAGCCUACGCCGUGUCACAGGCAGACAAAUCCAAGAAUGCCAUCCCUGAUGAUGAGGACGAAGAACCCGUAGAGCCAGCUCCAGUUGCUCGGAUCCUGAAGUACAACCUCCCCGAGUGGCCCUACAUGCUUUUUGGAUCCAUCGGAGCGGCAAUAAACGGCGGCGUCAACCCCGUCUACGCUCUGCUGUUCAGUCAAAUCCUGGCGACUUUCUCCAUAACAGACCCGGUGCGUCAGAGGAGGGAGAUUGAUGGCAUCUGCGUCUUCUUCGUCCUGGUCGGCAUCGUCUCCUUCUUCACCCAGAUGCUGCAGAGCUACGCCUUCUCUAAGUCUGGAGAGCUGCUGACCCGCAGGUUGCGGCGACUCGGCUUCCAUUCCAUGCUGGGCCAGGAGAUCGGCUGGUUUGAUGAUCACAGGAACAGCCCCGGAGCGCUCACCACACGCCUGGCCACCGACGCCUCACAAGUGCAAGGGGCCACGGGCUCACAGAUCGGGAUGAUCGUAAACUCCCUGACCAACAUCGGCGUGGCCGUCAUCAUGUCCUUCUACUUCAGCUGGAAGCUCACCAUGCUCAUCCUCUGCUUCCUGCCCUUCCUCGCCCUCUCAGGAGGCUUCCAGGCCAGCAUGCUCACCGGCUUCGCCAAGCAGGACAAGCAGGCCAUGGAGACGGCCGGACGGAUUUCCGGCGAGGCCCUAAACAACAUCCGCACCAUCGCCGGCCUGGGGAAGGAGAGGAACUUUGUGGAAAUGUACGAAGCCCAGCUGGACGCCCCGUACCGAGCCGCCCUGAAGAAGGCCAACGUGUACGGAGCCUGCUACGGGUUCGCCCAGUGCGUCGUCUUCCUGACCAACUCCGCCUCCUACCGGUUUGGGGGUUACCUGGUGAGGCAGGAGGGCCUCCAUUUCAGCCUGGUGUUCAGGGUCAUCUCGGCCAUCGUCACCAGCGGCACGGCCCUCGGCAGAGCUUCCUCUUACACGCCGGACUACGCCAAGGCGAAGAUAUCGGCCGCACGUUUCUUCCAGCUGCUGGACCGCGUGCCUCAGAUCAGCAUCUACAGCGACAAGGGGGACAAAUGGGAUAACUUCCAAGGCAACAUUGAGUUCAUUGACUGUAAGUUCACCUACCCCACCAGGCCAGACAUCCAGGUGCUGAACGGGCUGAACGUGGCGGUGAAGCCCGGCCAGACGCUGGCCUUCGUGGGCAGCAGUGGAUGUGGGAAGAGCACCAGUGUUCAGCUGCUGGAGAGGUUUUACGAUCCGGACCACGGCAGAGUGCUGAUUGACGGCCACGACUCGACACGCGUCAAUGUGUCCUUCCUGCGCUCCAAGAUCGGCAUCGUGUCGCAGGAGCCAAUCCUGUUUGACUGCAGCAUCGCAGAGAACAUCAAGUACGGCGACAACUCGCGGGAAAUCAGCAUGAAUGAGGUCAUCUCUGCCGCCAAGAAGGCCCAGCUCCACGACUUUGUCAUGUCUCUCCCCGAGAAAUACGACACCAACGUGGGCGCUCAGGGCUCUCAGUUGUCUCGUGGCCAGAAGCAGCGCAUCGCCAUCGCCAGGGCGAUCAUACGUGACCCCAAGAUUCUGCUCCUGGACGAGGCCACCUCCGCCCUGGACACGGAGAGCGAGAAGACGGUGCAGGAAGCCUUAGACAAAGCCAGAGAGGGCCGGACCUGCAUCGUCAUCGCCCAUCGCCUCUCCACCAUCCAGAACUCCGACAUCAUCGCCGUCAUGUCCAGAGGUUUGCUGAUCGAGAAGGGAACUCACGACCAGCUGAUGGCCCUGAACGGAGCCUACUACAAGCUGGUCACCACCGGAGCACCCAUCAGCUAACCGCUCAGGGGAACCAGAGCCAGGUGCUCCUGGCAGUGCUGCUACGAUACACAAAGAGAGGCCAGAACUGGAAGGAUGCCAUACUUUAAAUUACAAACAGGAAGGAAGUGCACCUGCUCUCUCUAACAGUAUUUAUUCUGGUGAGGAGAUCCUGCCAUUAAGAGGGGGAUUUGGUGAUUCACAAACCCUGUUUUGGGGUAUUUUAAGACAGCUAAUCAAUGUCUUUUAUAAUGUCGUUUUUUUCCCUCUCUUGGGCACCAAGUCUGUCCUAAUAUCCACAUCUACGCUCUCAGUCGGUAGCUUUUCUUAAUCAACGUCUGAAAAAGGCCACAAUUUAGCGCAAUCUAAAGCGCGGCAUGAUUCCAGUUUCUAGUGGAAAUGUGCUUCAAAAGGCGUUCUUCCACUCGUAGCUACUUGGCUUGACUCGGCUUGAUUCGAUUGAGGUCGUUUUCCUUUACAGUUGAGUACCACCUCAUCGUGGGUGGAGUCACAAAACUCUCACCGUCCUCAGACAUGGUCUCGAUUCUACUCUCCCUCCCAUUGCUCACCGGUCAGUGCCUAUAAAUGGCGUCCAUUUGGUUAAACCACUUCCAACACCUCCGGUUUGACCCACUCCGGCCGUUGUGGUCCUUGAUGGACCGACACUGCUUCAUUGUCCUGCUGUAUCCGUGGGCGUCCAUCUGCUCGGAGACCUCCUGAUAAACUUUCUCGUUGCACCGUCCAGCUCCCUCUGGAUUCUUUGGUCAAAGACUGAAAAGUCUUGACCUCUUCAUUCGCCCAUCGUACAGGUCUGGUGUGUCGUCACCCUCUGUCCAAUCAGUGGCCUGCGCUCUGUAGACAUCACAUUAUCGACUGCACUCAGCUCGCUUGGAACCCCAGCUGAGUAGGAACUAAAAUAGUACCUGGUACCAUGAAAAACCUCACAGAUGGAGCAGAGUCGAGCCAAGUAGGUACCAGUGGAAAAGGGCCAUAAGUCAGAUUUACGACCAACCAGUGGUGGAAAGAACAAAAAACAUUUACCAUUUGGUACUGUUCUGAGGUACUUUACCUAAGUAUUACUAUUUGAAGUUACUUUAUACUUUACUUAAGGCUGUAGUUACUUUACUUUACAAAUCAUUACAUCAUAUCUGGUAAAUGAUCCAACAGUAGGUUAAAUGAGUAAUUACAACCGUGAAAUAUCCUCAUUAUACAUAAAAAAAACAUUUGUAAUAAUGAUCCAACAAUGUAAUGUAGAGUAAUGUAGGGUAUUUUUAUGCCAUGGAAAAUACUUUUACUAUAUUUUUCUACUAAUACUUUUGUACUUCAGGACUCUCACUUGUAAUCUAGGAACAAGUAUGCGUUGUAAAACUGAAAGUAGACCAAAAUGUUUUGUAUUUGCACGUAUUGUACGACAUAUAUGCCAGUAUUGGCUGUUAUAAACCAAGAGAUGUAUUGGUCAGGCUGUGGACAGAAUCCAUCCUCAGUAUUAUCUGUACUCUGUGUCUUCUAUGUGCAGUAAAUGCUGCUACAUGUCGAUAAUUUAAUUAUUUUGUCAGCAGUCGUUCUCAAGCUACUGCUGACAGCCAAACGUAUUUCAUUCUUUAAAACAUUUAAUUAUGUCGCAGCGUAAUUGAAUCACAUAUUCUCAGGUAUACGAUAAAAACCUGAGAUGGAAAUGAGAUAAAUAUCAUGUUUUCAAUUUGCCGGUAUGGGAGUUUUUAUACAGUCCUGUCAGUUAUAUACUGUAUCUGCUGUUCUUUACUGAAAUGUUUGUGUUCAUGCGUUUUGAUGAGUGUUUGUGCGUUUUCAAAGGUCCAGCUCGGCCCUGCAGGGAUUUCCAGUAAAGCUAAUUAAAGCUGUA